GCGCGCGUCCGUCUCGUGGUGUUUGUCCUCAUCGCGCUCGUCUCGGUUCGCGCGUGACUCGCGUUUCGCGCGUUCCUUGGUGCGGGUAUACGGUGUGUCUCCCGAUCUGAUCCCGGAUUCGCGGGGCGCGUCUCUCCGCAUUGUUUCCUUUCUUUUUUUUUUUUUAUUCUCUUCAUUCCCUUCUCGACUCUCAUCGCGGUUCGAGACCGACGCGAUGUCCUCGUUGAAGGACGAUAAGCCGUGCGCGCGACUCUGCCACAUCGUCAAGUGGGACGACUUCCCCGGUUACGGUUUCAAUCUGCACGCGCAGAAGGGCAAGAACGGCCAGUUCAUCGGCAAGGUGGACGACGGCUCGCCGAGCCAGGCGGCCGGUCUGCGCCAGGGCGACCGGAUAAUCGAGGUGAACGAGAUCGACAUCGCGAACGAGACCCACAAUCAGGUGGUCGAGCGCAUCAAGGCAUUCCCCAACGAGACCAAGCUGCUAGUGGUCGAUCAGGAGGCCGACGAUUACUUCAGGGAGAAUAAUAUCAUCAUCAAGGGCACCAUGCCCAACAUCAAGGUUAUCAAGACGCCGGAGAAGAAUCCCAACAGCGUAGAGGAUCGCUCCGACGGCAGCAAUUGCUCAGUCGACGAGAGCACGCAGAAGUCAAUCGACUCCAACGACACAGCGCACAGCAACAGCACCACCAUGGCACAGACGACGAUCAACAACAGCAGCGGCAAUAUGCGGGAAAACGGCAACGGCGAUGUGAAUCACGUGCACGGCACGGGUAACGGCAGCGUGGCGGAUGGUGCAAACAACAGCGAGCCCCGAUCUGAAGGCCUGAACCUGAAGAUGAGCGUGAAGGAGCUUAGGGAACAGCUGGCGAAGCGCAAGAAGUACGACCCGAAAAAGGAGUCUAUCGGCUUCAAGGACAAAUUCGACAUCGUGCAGAAACUAUAGAUGUAUCCUCUCGCCUUUGUGACACAUCGGUAAUUCCUUUCCCUUAUUCCUCUCUUUAGACCCGCCGUCAUCAUCGGCGCUCGACGACGAUGACGACGAUUUAUCCCCUUAUGAUAUAACACGUCGUGUUAUAACCGAUCAAAUUGUUGUCGUUAUAAUAAAUAAACACGCGAUACUCCGUUAUUUAGGCGCGUACGCGCCAAGCGUCAAUGUCGAUAUCGUAACAUUAAUACACGUAUUCGUAUUUAGUGACGAGGAAUUGCGGAGAAUAUUAGGAUAAAGAAAGAUAAUGUUGUUUGUAUAAGUAUAUUGUUAAUUUUUCGCUCUACACGAAGACAAACUUAUAUGUGCAAUCUCUGUCGCUUCCACGUCGGAAGUUACGAUGGAUUUCGAAUCAGUUGGGCUUAUCAACGUUUAAAAGAUAGAAUAAUAAAGAGAAAGUUUUUUUUUUGACACGUUUCAAAUUAUUAUUUUUUUUUUUUUUAUAACAAAUUAUAGUUAUACCACAAUGACCUAAAUAUAUCUAUCGUUUUCUUUUCCGAAGCAACGCACAAUUUAGUUUUAUUAAAAAUGUUCCUUGUUGUAAAUGUAAUUACAACACUUCCCGAUAUAUGUGAUUAGCGGAUAAUUAAAUCUCACGCUCUCGACUUGAUUACCCACGGUGUCGUCACAUUCACUUCUAAGCAUCGUCUCGUCCGUUAAAUUCGAGGAGAUCCGCUUGUCGCUCCUUCCCACGACUUUCUCUGAAGAAUUUAUCUUCUGAUGUAGUAAUCAUUUCAAACGUUACAUCGAUCGUGUUAAUUCUUUGCCGGAAUUCUCAAUCGCGAAUAAAGAGUAACAUUAGUAAAAAAAAAAAACGGAAAUUUAUCUCGACCUUCAAAUUUCAUAAUAUUGAAUAAUGUAUAAAUCAGGAGUAUAAAUCAUAGAAAAUUAACUGAGUGCUCGUUGUGAAACCAUAAAGCUCCAAUAAAUAUUCGAUUAUUUAAAGAAUUUUUUCAAGCAUUUCAAAUCUUUGUGUUUUUAAUUUCAUGGACUUUAAUUUCUGUUUUCUAUUUAUUGCAAUUUAUUAAUUUAGCCGCUGAAGGUUGAUACAAUUGCGUUAGAAUGAUAAAUUGUCGACACACAGAGAAUUGGACGCGCACGCGGAAUCUCUCGGUAAUCUUUCUACGCGAAGCGUAGAAAAUUCGCAUAAGUCGGCCGCGCAGAUGUCAAUUUCUCGACUGUAUCCGUCUAGAGUCUCAGUCGUGAUGAGGUGAGAUUUUAAGGACUCGCAAGGACGGACGUUUCUGGCGUGCAAUGGGCGUGCGAAGUCAGUCAGUCGCCCGUUGCACGAUCCAAGGACGAGCGCGCUGACGAGCGUGGGGAGAAAGUACACAGACGAGUCUUCUCAGUUUAAUCUCCGUUAUCGAAUUCAGGCCGCAAAUCUCGCUCGUUUUUGCGUAUUGCAACAUCGCGCAAAGAUUGAAUGUCUGCGAAUCUUAUAUAACUUACAAUAAGCCGUUUUGAUGUAUUUGCUCAGACUCGGUACUUAACUGAUUAAGUUUUCGAAGUACUAGCAACGUAGACAAGGAAGAGAGUCCACAGGAAUUAUAUAUAUAAACGCCAAAUUAAAAUGUAAUUUGUAAUUAGUUUUGAAAAAGGAUAUAUCCAGUUCGAUGAUAAUUAUUUAAUUUUCAAUCAUAUAUUUUUUGAGAAGAGAAAAUAUAUUGGACAUACUCAAUAAUAUAUAGCGUAAUAUUAACGAUAAAUAUAGUGUAAUGUUGGAGACUAAUCGGACCAAUUAAAUUUGUGCGUUAUCACGUAAUUGCCCUAACUUAAAGAUCCAAUUAUCUCAGAUAAGAAGAUGGGUAUUCUAAUGUUUCUCGUCAUUAGUGUCACGAAGCAUCAUUUAAUUAUUGGUUUAUUUAAUAAUUUAUAAUUUUGUUGAAAAAAAUUUUUUACAAUUAUUAAGAUAAGAGAUUUUAUAUACAUUCUAGUAAUUAAAAUUUUCCUAAAAAUAUGUGACUUUGCAAUUUAUAAAAAGAAUUGAAGAUAAAUUAAAAAAAAAUGUGCAUUUUAUUUACAGUUGCGCGAUUUCUCGAUUUUUUCGUGUGCACUCUCUUCGUUUCUUUAUUCCCUUUCAUUGUAGUUACCGGUUAAUGACCGCCACGGUCACUGAUUGCGACAUGUCUCGUAGAAGAAUGCGUGCUAACGUUCUUCGAAUAAUUUUCAUAUCAUUAGCUUUAUGCAUACGUAUAAUACAAUAGAUAAAGAAGAAACGCAAUGAAAUCUACUGAAAAUUCAGAGGCAGUUAAUAUCGAUACAAGUCGAAAGGGAAAAAUAUGAUUCAAUCGUAAUCUCGAUUUUUUAACAUAAUUUAAUUGGUCUAUUACACGAUACAUAUUAUAGGGUGUUCGCGAAGCCUUUAUUCAUCGGUCACUUAUUUUUCCAAUAUUACACGAAUAUUUUUAAUGAACGAUAAUAUACCGUCUUUAUUAAUAACAGAGAGACACAUUUAUCUACAAAUGAGAAAGCUGAUUUCCUUAAAUGCAUACGUGUUCAGUUUGAGCGUAACGAAAUGUAUUAAGCGCAAGCGACGAGCGAGUGAAUAUUAUCAGAGUAUCACGAUAAUAGAGGCUCGACAAACAGGUAUUUGCAAUUGAAAUUUAUAACUCGCGUUCGUCGCGCGCAUUUCGAUAAACCGGCGUUCGUCGAAUGCGAAGGCGUUGCGUAAUCGAGCGAGCGAAGAAUGUCGCGUUACAAUGCAACUCGGGAGAGAAGCCGACGCCGCCUCUCCAGGGAAAUUCCACCAUCGUCUUCCUCUGACGUCUUGUCGAGUGUCGCGGAAAAGUUAGGUAUUAUCGUACCACGACACUCUUGUUACUUAAAUAUUACGACGACUCGUUGCGCAAUCUUCGUCGUCGUCGUCAUUAUGCGUUUAUUUGCCGGGAACGCACCGUGAGAUAUCGCGCCUUAUUCACAAAUAAGUGUAAAGGCGAGCACGAAGUUUCGUUAUCUGUUGAAUUAACCGAAAUCAAUAUCGAAAGUUUUUUUAUAUAAUCUGCUCUUAUCAAAAAAAGAGAAAAGAGAAGAGUUUAUCGAUUAUUUAAACUUACAUUCUCCUUGAUUCUUAAAUUGCUGCUUGAUACUUAGUAUGAAUUAUUAUACUAUUUUUUUAAUAUUUUUAUCUUGUAAUUUUUUUAAAUGUAAUUUUUGUUUUUUAUAAUCAUAUUUUUAUAAUUAUUAUUUCCUUUUCCUUCUUUGAUAACGAUUUAAAAGAUGUUAGCAGUAUGGAAUAAAUCGACUUUUAAGUUUUCAAAGAGAAUUAAAAUUUGAUUUAACUAUCUUAAAUUUGUGUUGCCGUUUGCUUCACAAACAGUAUAAUAAGCAUUUAAAAUUUAACCAGUGUUUGUAAACUACUAAGCUUACGAUGCGUCGUUAAUAUCAUGCAUCAUUUACCAAGGACAAUUACGCUUCCUGUUUAAGCGGCAAUUUACUCUUGUGUCACUUAAAGCUAUCGUUAAACUUGAUAUGAAUCUUUGGACGCAAACAAGUUCGAUUCGAGAAUACGAAUUCUGCGCAAAAUUAUUGCCGCUAUAAUUUAUCACAAAAAUAGUAACCGCAAGUAUGAGCGGCUAUUAGCGUUGUUAUUGUGUGCUAAUUAUAUUUCGUACCGUUAUGUCAUUCGGCGGCUUGCUCGAGUGAAAGUUUAAUAAUGAGACACUCGAUACAAUAGACACGCACGAAGCGGGGAAUUGGUAUGAGGAAAAAUAUCGCGUUUAUGCAUAUCUCGCGACUAACACAUUUUUGCAUCGCAUCAAAAAUUUCGCAAAAUAACGGGUGCAAGGUGUAACAGCAAACGAUUCCAUAUCGGAAAGAAUUCCAUCUCCCGACACUUCGCCAAAUUUUUAUGCUGAUGUAUCAAUAUCCAGCGAUCUCGUUUUUAGAACGAGAAUGGAGUAGGAAUUUAGUGAGAUGAGUCGAAAGCAAAACUGCUUGUUAGAGAAACUACGCGAUGAUCCGUCCAAUCUUAUUGCUGCGAAAACCGGAUAUAUAUAUAUAUAUAUAUAUAUAUAUAUAUAUAUAUAUAUAUAUAUAUACAUAUAGAGUUCGUAAAAAAAUUUACUCUGUAUAUUUGUAGUAAAAUCUUUUCUAAAAAAAGAAACGACAUUCUCUUAUCAAAAUUCUACAUAUCUAAUUCUACAUAAUUUUACAUUUCUUCGUACACACAUGUCCGAUUAAAAAAUUAAAAAUUGAAUAUCAAAUAGGUACGUGAUUAUGUGCGGCAACGUGUACAAUCGAAACCAUUAUUUUCCUCCGACAAAAUUAAUCUCCGCUUAGCGCAAACGUGCGAUACGUCAAUGUCUCGCGGCAUAUGUAUUGCUGUUUUAUUUUAGACAGAUAGAGAGAUAGAGGAAAGCAACUUAAUGUCUUAACAAUGUCGAAUUCGUUUUGAAUGAAAAAAAAAAACAACAGUGGAAGGACUGUAUCCUCCAAAAAAUCGCUAUUUAUCUUAACGAUAUCUCGCUUUUACAUACUUAAAAAAUAUUAGGCGUUGCAUAAUAAUCAAUUUGAUAAUAUAGACAUCAAUAACAUACAUGUGCUUAUUUUGCGAGCGUCAAAAACUUUGAAAAAAACUAAAAAUCUAAAAGAAAGAUUUAAAAAAUUGUUUAGGAAAUCAUUUAAGAGGAGGAUUAGUUAUAUGCGAUAUCAUUCUUAUGGCAGGAUUUCUGAAACUGGAAUCAUUUAACUCGCAAACAAAUAACAUUUUGCGCGAUUAACGUCAGCGAAAGAGCGAGUGAUUUGCUUCCGCAAUAUUUAAAAGCCAGGUUUUUCGAUAUUGUAAUGCUCUCGUGCUCGUCCUUCUUUUCAACGCAGACUCCUUUUUUCUUCAAAUUUUUGGAGAGCUCUAAUUGAGCUAGUAUUAUACCAGGUUCUGUAAAUAUUAAUCUAUCAGCAACGAUCAAAUUCGAAAAAAAUAGCAUCAUAAAAUUUAAUUGUUGUUAACUUGAUAUUGUCUAUGUACUAUUGCGUAUCGAAUACUUUAUCUUAUCCGUAUCAGUUAUCCAAUGAAUGAAAAUAAUGACAUUUUUACCGGACGCUCGAUAAAAUUUCUUUCCGAUUUUAAUCAAGACUCCUCGUUCUCGCCGAUAUGUAAUUAUUGCAUCGAAUUCUUGAAAUGUAUAUAACCACGCGCACACAUAUAUAUAUAUACGCACACAUUAAAUAAGAAUCAAGUACACAUGUUACGAUUUUCACACAAUACGUCCAACAUUAUUAUGUAAGUGUUAAUUUUAAACAUUAUUUGAUGAUAAGGUUUAGAUGUACACCUUAUGAAAUUACACGUAUUCACGUACAUGUGUAGAAAA